AUGAAGCAUAUUAACGUUGAAACGGCGACGAGGGAGCAGCUCGUCGACUUUAUUCGCCGCAUGCAUCCGCAGCUGCAGCGCGAGCAAGAGCGAGUACGGGAGUUGGAGUCGCAAAUUAGUGGGCUUCAGGCCUUCAUCCACGAAAAGAACGCCGAGAUUCGCGAGCUUCGCAUGCAGAGCGACAGACUUACAGAGAAGUCCGCGAGUGAUGAGGAAACCAUCAGCACCCUAAUCAAACAGAUGGAGGAAAUGCGCUCUGUGGCGUCGUCUUCGUCCAGCGUAGUACCGCUUAGGGCCACCACUGUAGUCCAGCGCGACCGAACGGUCGAACGUGGAAAAGGGAAGUCGCAUCCCUCUGCCAAUGCAGGAGGUGGCGAGUACACGCCUGAGACGCUCCGGCCGGUUGACAUGGUCGGAAACGGCGACGGGGGUCGCUCACCCGCUCUUACACCGACACCUCUCAAGGUUAUUACGGAGAGCGCGCCAGCACAACUGAAGCCGCAAAACGCUGCCACCGCCGCCGUUGCCGGCAAGAUGGAGGAGAUAGCUAACCUGGAAAAGAAGGUGCGAGAGCUGAUGGAGGUGAAUGCGUUCUACUCCGCCAUUGUCUCUCAGCACGACCAGGAGGAAAAGGUGCGCAUGAGUCAAGCGCUGGCAUUUUGCAGUGGGGACUCCGAUGAUCAAGUAGCUGGCCUUCGUCAGGAGGUUGAACGGUUGCAGCUUCGCAUCUCUACCAUGGCCGGGCAGGGCGAGAAGCUGCAGCGGAUCAUCAGGGCGGUAGAGUGUGAGAAGGCUGCGCUGAAGGAGGAGAACGAGGCCCUUAAAAGGGAGUCCGUGGUGCUGGAGGCAGAGAUGGAGGAGAUGACACGCGAGUACGCGCGGGCGCGAAAGUCGCUCGUAGCAGCGGCGACAGCUGUACAGCCCGCUGCCUCGGUGGAGCGGCCGUUCGCGAUCGCGGAGGAUGUGCCACAAGCACGGGCUGCCUCGGCGCCCCAACACGGACUCACGCGAGAGCCGCCGUCCAGAGGACCAACCGCGACCGUCGACACCUACGGGCAGCAGUCCGAUCGCCGUGUUUCCUACCUCUCGACUGGCCCCGCGCCCUGCGUGUCGCCACUUGCGCGCGACGGAAAGCAGGGCAUGAUUGGCGGGGUAGCCCCUUCAGCACAGACAGCGUCCAGCAUUGCAGCAACGCGGUUUCACUCGCGCUUCACCUUCCGAUCGCUUCGUCCGAUACGCGUGCGCAACCCAGACGCGCACGAAAGGGAGCUGCUAGAUCGGAUACAUUUGUACGAGGAGCAGUUUGCCCAGAUGGAGGCGUUUGAGGCGGAUCGGCAGCGCAGCUUUGAUGAAAUGGAGCAGAACCGAGCGGAGCUCUUCGUUUCAAUGAACAGUCAACUGGAAAAGCAGCGAAAAGAGAUCCACCGACUACGCAAGCUGCACGAGGAGACAUCUCUCAAGUCCUCUGUUACGGGGCAUCCAUCACGCAGUCACUCCUUUGUGUCCUGGCCAAACAGAGAGGAGGAAGAGGAGAGAGGCAGCUUGCGACAACGCGGGUCACCAUCCCCUGUAGAACGUUGUCUCACCGCAGUCCCAAUAGGCUCGCAUUCACUGCGCUUCGUCGACUCUUCUGACCGUUUGGACGCUGGGGACGACACUACUGUAGCGUGGCCCAACGAGCGAGAGAGUGUCCUCUCACAUGAGCGUUAUGGGCGCCAGGUCACCUCUGGGGCUUCAUCGGUCUCUUUUAGCCCUCUCGAUGAGCUUAUGUGGCGCGAAGAGCACGAACGCUCGAACAUGUAUGUGGAGUCUGUUGAGGAAGAGCUGCAGCUCUUUGUUGGGAUGCACGUUGCCACUGUCCGGCUCUCUACCGGCGCACUGGAGGCGCGUGAGGCUCAGCUGCUUCGCGAGACGACUGACCUGAAGAAGGUUGUGGACGCGUUGCAGACGCGCGUCGUCGACCUCGAAGCACAGCUGGUCAGUACAAGAAAGGCGGAGAAGAAGAUCUUAGGGGACGCGACGGAAUCGGAAGCGAUAGCGAUGGGAAGCGCUGCAGACGCAGACGCACCCGACACGAAUUUGUCACAUAUUUCCACAGAGCUGUGGCAAGGCAAAGCAUUACACACAGCGCAUAUGGCGUUGGAAGCAUACGGCACCGUUUUGAAGUAUCACACAGAGUCUAUCAAGGGCUAUCGAUUGAACAGCUCUGGCGCCGAGGAGGUGGUGGCUUCAGAAACCUGCAUGGAUGGUGAGAUUGCACGGGAUCUGGAGGAGGUGAAGAUGGUGCUUGAUGCAGCGCGGUUCCCGCCGCAGUUGCAGCGGUCGUUUCCUCAAGUUGUAACGUCUCAUCUCCACGACUCCUCUGCGUCAAAGAGUGUGGGUGAGCUCCUCACAACUUGCCAAGUCCACACAGACGCCCGGGACGGGGCAGAGGUAGUGGGGGGUGGCAGCAGGGACGAAACCUCUUCGCACCCGGUCCCACCGCAACCCUUUUCCCUACCUACCCAAACGCAGAUCACGCCAUCGUCGUUUCACACUGACAGUGCGGACAGAGAAAAGGUCGUAUACGGAAUGCCCGGAAUCGUGGAGCAGGUGGACGUAGUUCCCUAUAUCUCGCCUGAUAUCUUUUCAAAGAAUCAGGCGGUGGUGCGAAACCCACGGAACACCGUCAGCAGCGUAAACGACGGGAUUCAGGAAGAAAGGAUGGAUGAGGAGAGCAGGUUGAUAGGCGUGCCAUCUUACCAUGACGCUGAGAAGGCAGUUGCCGUGGUCACCGAACCCCCUGCUGACGACACAGGUCCACUGCCUCUGAGCGCCGCAGAAGCCGUCACCGAUACAUCACCGUUUCAGGACUCUCUUAAGGAGGACCCCCACAGCUUGACUGCGAGGAGCGGUGACGGGGACGUGAGCGCCGGUAUAAAUUUAUCCUCAGAACCUCGCCAAGCUGAGUCGCCAGUUUCUGAGAGCGCGCGCCACGAUAAGGAGGAUGAUGCUUGGAGGGAGGAUCAGCGCUCAGAUGGUUCCGAGGAUGACAGUUCGAUGACGCAUGACAACGGUACGCUGAGCUCCACAUCGCAGUUGGAGGUCACGGCGGGGGAGGAGGCGGAGUUCCUCGCACAGCUGGAGAAAGAGAUGGCGAAGGGCGGGCUGGAAAUGAUAACGGAGCCGAUCGAGGGCGAGGAUGGGAUAGUGGCCUCGCCAGGAGACCGUGACAUCAACAAUGGCGGCGGAGAGGACCGCGAGGCGGGCUGCGGCGAAAGCCAGCGUGCAGGCAGUGAAGUCGCCGCCGCGGAGGCCUCGUCCACGGCCAGUGUUUCGCCGUCACCUUGUGGUAGUGAUGGACAGCAGCAAAGCCGCCGAGGUAGUGCCCCUCAAGAAAAGCAAGAGGUGGACCCUGCCGUCCUCGAAGCCGAGCUCGACGAAGCUGCGUCCCCAGCGGAAUCGUCUGACGGACGGGCCAGAAAAUCUGGCGCAGCUUCCUCGCCGUCGCCGGACCGCGACGAUGUGUCAGAGGAGCGGUCUUCUUCCACACCUCCUCCGAGGACUAAUUCCUCCUCGGGUGCCGGUACGUCGACCUCGAGGGAGGACGUCCAUUUCGAGUCUGCUGUUGAGCGUGAUCACCCCGCACCACAGAUCCCUGCUCCUGUGGCAGGACCGCCGCCGCCCCUUCCGCCAACCUCUUUAGAAGAGCUUUUCGGGGCCUCUGCAGCCAUUGCUCCCUCUCCCCUCACAAGGUACAACGGCGACCGCCAGCCAUUCCCUGCUUCACCCGCAUCGCGUCCCUCUUCUCGGUUCUCCGAUCCCAACGUGUCACCCCAGAUUGCCAAUCUCGGCCAUGCGAUGAGGCCGACCACGCCUCCUAAUAGCAUGUUCCCGCCUUAUAUGCAACAGACUUCUUCGCGUACAUACUUCUCGUUGCCUCGCUCCGAAGACCAGCAAUUGCAGCCAGCAGGUGGCUCCAAGGGGCCCAAGUCGCACGGCUCCGCCUCCGACGACGACUUCGAGGCGGGGUUUGAUCCUUUUGCCUAA